CGGCGCCUCACCUCAGUCUCACCCUGCCGAGCAAAGGCUGUGGACGCUGAGACUCUACACCACAACAGCAAAACACAGAAGCCAAACCAGAUAUGGACUGAAAUAUCGGCUGCACUGAUUCUGGGCUCAGGAGUGUUUUUUUUGGUUUAGUUGAGGAAGAGUUCUCGAUGCUGCUGUGACACAAAAACAAGGAUCAUGCUGUCUCACCGCAGAGGCAAGAGCCUCUCUGAUGCCAUCACCCUGGAACAGUCAGAAGAUGGCGGAGUGGUCGUUUCCAGAAUCAACAACGAUGCCACUGGAAAUCAGGGUCUGAGGAAGGGGGAUGAAAUUUUGGGGGCAACAAUUGAUUUUGACAAACUGUCAAAAGAGGAGGUGCUAAAUGUAUUGAAAAUGAUAGAGCCCUUUGAUGACAACGUCAAGGUCCUCACCAGGAACACACUGAGCAGAAGCCUCGGUGAUCUGGACCAAUGUGGCAGACAGAGUCCUAAGACGAUGCUAAAUGACUCCUACAGCAAACUCUACAAUGCCAAAAUCAAGAGGUUCAUGAAGGAUGACAUGCGUGGUGUGGAUGCAGGCGGUGUGAGCAGCAAGCUAACUGCAGCAGGCUUGUCCAAUGUCAGCCUAAAACAUGACAUGGGGUUGCCCCGCCUUGGAGUUGACUUUGGACUUCUAAAAGCAAACACUCUGAGCACAGAUGAUGAUAGUGAUGAUUCAGAAUCUGAUGAUAGAUCAGCUGGAAGAGUGACAGAUGGCAGCAAUCUGAAUCUGCCACCUUUGGGUCUUGGUGGAGUUCAGAUACCAAGAUUUGAAGAUGACGCUGAAAGUCCACAGCUUAAUGGUCCAGACUUCGAUCUGUCUGGAACAUUACCAAAAGGUCCAAAUACAAACACUGCAGGUGGUAUGCAACUGUCAAACACUGAUAACCCAUCAGUUGACUUUAGAAUGCCACAUCUGGAAAGACCUCAUAUCGAACUGGAAGGCAAAGGGAUUUCUCGUGCUCAAAAAAUGCAAGGCUCAAAUACUCAUACUCCUGAAAUGGAGAUGAACUUAAGUGGAGGAAAUGUAUCUGGUCCAUCCUUCAACACUAGUGCUCCCAGAGUGAGCAUUGAAGGAACCAAAAAAGAAUUCAAAAUGCCAAAAUUCAAACUACCUGACCUUGGUCUAUCUGGAACUUCUUAUAGUGCUACAGAAUUUGAGACUGAAUCACAAGGCCUGGAUGUUCCUUCAGAUAGACUUAAUCCUAAGUAUUCCCAGAGACUCAAAAAGCCAAAUCUGAAUGUGGAUGAUCUUUCUGGCUAUGUAGAGUCACCUAAACUUUCAUUGUCUGGUAGAUCACCUGACCUAGACCUAGAAAUGCGAGGUGUCAGUGUAUCCAAACACAAUCUAAAGGGACCCAAUGUGGACACACCCUCCGGUGGAAUCAAAGUGACAUCCAUCAAACCACAGAUCGAUCUUAGAUCUCCAGACUUAGAUUUGGAUGCACCAGCUGGUCAACUCACUAUGCCUAAAUUUGGAUUCUCGGGCAAGGGUGGAGCUGAUGUUAAAACACCUGAUCUAGGGCUCAAAACGCCAAAGAUAAAAGGUGAUAUCCAUGCCCCUGAUAUAAAUCUACCCAAAGCUGACGUAAAAGGUAUAUCUGGAAAAUACAAGGCUCCUAAAUUUGCCAUGCCAAAGUUUGAUUUACCGGACAUUGAAGUUCCUGAUAUUAAAGGAUUCAAUGGGAGACCAGAUGUGCAUUUGUCUGCACCUGAUCUAAAAGCUGGAAUUGCAGAGCCAAAUGUUGACUUGAACAUGACUAGCUCAUCAGGUAAGCUUAAAAUGCCUGUAGCUGGGCUAUCUGGGUCUAAGAUUACAGGACCUGAAUAUAAGUUAAAAACUCCAGACAUUGAUGUAUCUGCUCCCAGGUUUAAAGAGGGCAUUGGUUUGCAUCUCAAAGACCCAAAACUAGAUCUAAAUACCCCUGAUGUUGACAUUAACAUGCCUUCUGGUAAAUUGGACAUUGGAGCAGAUGCUCCAUCUGGCAAGUUUAAAAUGCCAAAAUUUAAGAUAUUUGGAACACUGCCAAAGAAUAAAGAUGUAGAUAUCAAUGCAGGGAUUAGAACACCUAAACUAAAGACUGGUGAACUAAGGACUCCAGACUUUGAUCUGUCAGCACCCAAAUUCAAAGGGGCUAUUGAUUCCCGAGAUAUGAAUUUGGACCUAAAUAAGCCCAAAUUAGAUCUAUCUGGACCAGAUGUAACGUCAAGCAAAUUCCAAAUGCCUGAAUUUAACUUUUCAGGCACAUUGCCAAAGGGACCAAAGUUAGAUGUAAACACGGAUCUAAAAUCACCAGAUCUAGGUUUUAAGGGUGGCAUUGAUGCCCCUGAUUUGGACUUACCAGACAUGCACCUUAAGGGUCCUAAGUUGGAUAUGAAUACUCCAGAUGUCAAUAUGGGUUCACCCAAAGCAAAAUUAAAAAUCCCUAAAUUAAAGAUGCCUAAAUUUAAUCUUCCAGGAGUAAACGGACCAGAGAUUAAUGGCAAUUUAGAUAGGCCAGACCUUGACAUUGAUAUACCCAAUGUAAAUCUCAAAGGUCCAAAUGCUGACUUGGAAAUACCAGGUGUCGAUAUUGCUGGUCCAUCAGGGAAAUUCAAGAAGCCGAACUUGAACCUACCUGAGUUGGGGGGUGAAAUUAAUCCACCAGAUCUAAAAAUGCCCAAGGUUGACCUGAAAGGCCCAAAGGUAGACCUUAAAGCUCUAAAAAUGCCAGAGCUUCAUGCUCCAGACUGGGAUGCCAGUGCUCCCUCAGGAAAACUAAAAAUGCCUAAAUUUAGCCUACCAAGCCUAAGAGGACCUGACAUUGAUGGAAACUUCAACCAUCCAGAUGUAGAUAUAAAUGCACCCAAGGUCAACCUCAAAGGUCCUAAAGCUGACUUGGAUGUUGACAUGGCGGGUCCAUCAACAAGAUUCAAAAAGCCAAACUUGAAUAUGCCUGAGUUUGGGGGUGAAAUAAAUCCACCGGAUCUAAAAGGCAAACUGGAAAUGCCAGAGCUUCAUGCUCCAGACUGGAAAAUGAAAAUGCCUAAGUUUAGUUUACCAAGCUUAAAAGGACCUGAGAUUGAUGGAAAAUUAGAUGGCCCAGACGUGGAUAUAAAUGCACCCAAGUUAAACUUCAAAUCACCCAAUCUAGAUUUGUCUGGUCCGGACUUCAGUGGUGGAAUAAAUACACCAGAUCUAAACAUGCACAAUGUUGACCUAAAAAGCCCCAAACUGGACCUUAAUUCCCCUAAACUCAACUUAGACAUGCCGUCAGGUAAACUGAAAAUGCCAACCCUGGCAAAACCAAAGGCAGAACUUCAUGCCCCAGACUGGGAUGUUAAUGCUCCCUCAGGCAAAUUGAAAAUGCCCAAGUUUAAUCUUUCAGGUACAUUGCCAAAGGGACCAAAUUUGGACAUAAAAACAGAUUUAAAGCGUCCAGAUUUCAGUCUCAAAUCUCCGAAGAUAAAUGGUGGAAUUGAUGCACCAGACUUGAACUUACCAAAUAUGAACUUAAAAGCUCCAAAAUUAGAUGUGAAUGCUCCAGAUGUUAACAUUGGUUCUCCUAAAGGGAAAUUAAAAUUCCCCAAAAUUAAAAUGCCGAAAUUUAGCUUCCCAAGCUUAAAAGGACCUGAAAUUGAUGGAAAUAUAGAUGGCCCAAAUGUAGAUAUAAACGCACCAAAGGUCAACCUUAAAGGUCCCAAAGCUGACUUUGAUGCUGAUUUUGAUGGUCCGUCGGGAAAAUUUAAAACACCAAACUUGAACUUGCCAAAAUUUGGACUGUCUGGCCCCAACAUUGAUGCCCCUAAGUUGGACUUCAAAUCACCUAACCUAGAUUUGUCUGGUCCAGACCUCAGUGGUGGAAUAAAUGCACCAGAUCUAAACAUGCCUAAGGUGGACUUAAAAAGCCCCAAAAUGGACUUUAAUUCCCCGAAACUCAACUUAGACAUGCCAUCAGGCAAACUGAAAAUGCCAACACUGACAAAACCAAAGGCAGAGCUUAAUGCACCAGACUGGGAUUUUAAUGCUCCCUCGGGUAAACUGAAAAUGCCUAAAUUUGAUCUUUCAGGUACAUUGCCAAAAGGACCAAAUUUGGACAUAAACACAGAUUUAAAGCGUCCAGAUUUCAGUCUCAAAUCUCCAAAGAUAAAUGGUGGAAUUGAUGCACCAGACUUGAACGUACCAAAUAUGAACUUAAAGGCUCCAAAAUUAGAUGUGAAUGCUCCAGAUGUUAACAUUGGUUCUCCUAAAGGGAAAUUAAAAUUCCCCAAAAUUAAAAUGCCGAAAUUUAGCUUCCCAAGCUUAAAAGGACCUGAAAUUGAUGGAAAUAUAGAUGGCCCAAAUGUAGAUAUAAACGCACCAAAGGUCAACUUUAAAGGUCCCAAAGCUGACUUUGAUGCUGAUUUUGAUGGUCCGUCUGGAAAAUUUAAAACACCAAACUUGAAUAUGCCUAAUUUUGGUCUGUCUGGUCCCGACAUUGAUGCCCCGAAGUGGAACUUAAAAUCACCUAACCUAGAUUUGUCUGGGCCAGAUCUCAGUGGUGGAAUAAAUGCACCAGAUCUAAACAUGCCUAAGGUGGACUUAAAAAGCCCCAAAAUGGACUUUAACUCCCCCAAACUGAAUUUAGACAUGCCGUCAGGCAAACUGAAAAUGCCAACACUGACAAAACCAAAGGCAGAGCUUCAUGCACCAGACUGGGAUUUUAAUGCUCCCUCAGGAAAACUGAAAAUGCCAAAAUUUGAUCUUUCAGGUACAUUGCCAAAGGGACCAAAUAUGGACAUAAACACAGAUUUGAACCUGAAAGGCCCAAAGGUAAAGGGAGGAAUUGAUGGUCCUGACUUCAACAUGCCAAACAUGGACCUUAAAGCUCCAAAGUUGGAUGUCAACACCCCUGAUGUCAACAUUGGCUCACCCAAAACAAGGUUUAAAAUGCCCAAACUGAAAAUGCCUAAAGUUCAUCUACCAACCUUACAAGGACCUGAGAUUGAUGGCAAUUUAGAUGGUCGAGGCCUUGACAUCAAUGCACCUGACAUCAACCUCAAAGGGCCCAGAAGUGGCUUUGAAAUGCCAGAUGUUGGUUUUGGUAGUCGGUCUGAAAGAAUGAAAAUGCCACAUUUGAAAAUGCCAGAUGUGGGAUUUUCUACUCCGGAUUUAGAUGGACCACACUUUGACCUCAAGACACCAAAUCUUAAUGCCAAACUACCGAAGGGACCCAAUUUGAACAUUAAUUCAGACCUAAAAUCCCCUGAUUUGAAUCUCAAAACUCCAAAAUUGGGUUUACCAGAUGUGGAUCUUAAAUCUCCAAAGUUCGACAUGAACACUCCAGAUGUCAACCUUGGUUUACCUGAUGCAAAGUUCAAAAAACCCAAGAUGCCAAACAUCCCAAAUAUCGAUAUAAAUGGAGACCUACGGCGACCCGACGUCAGUAUUCCUAAUGUAAACAUUAAUGGUCCAAAUGGAAAAUUGAAAAUGCCAAGUGUAAAUAGACCAGACCUCAGUCUGUCUGGACCUAAGGCAAAAACACCAGACAUAAAUUUGCCCAAUACCAGCUUCACAGGUCCCAAGCUAAACCGACAUGACCUAAGAAUAAAUGACAACAUAGGGCAACCUGACAUAAACCUUAAUGCCCCCCAUGUUAAAGGAAGAAUCAGAAGUCCAGACUUUGAUAUGAAUGUUCCCUCUAGAAACUUCCAGGGUCCUCAGACUGAUCUUGAUCUUGACAGAAAAUUCAAACUCCCUUCUUUUAAGCUUCCUCAGUUGGGAGGCCCAGGUCUCAAUAACACAGGGUCUGACAUUGAUUUUGGUGCACCUUUGAGACCAACAAAUCUUGAUAUUUCUCCCCCUAAUGCAAAAAUGAAUGCAAAACCAGUAGAAUUGAGGGGGAACAUCAGAGGUCCAAAUAUUAAUGCUCCUAAUGUGGAUGCCCAUAUGCCUAAAGCAGCAAUGAGGAAUCCACAGCUGCAUCUUAAAUCUCCAGAACUGAACCUUGAUGAUCCUUCUUUCAGUUUCAGAGGACCCUCACAUAAGCAUCGCAUAUCUGAUACAACAGGUAUGAAUAUGAGGAUCCCUGAUCUGGAUGUAGAUGGAGAUCUCAGACCAAGACAUAGUGAUAGAAAGUCACAUCAUGGCCACGUUAUUGAUUUUAACCGAUCAGAUCUCAACAUUGACGAUUUCACAGGAAAGGAUCAUGUGCUCAGGGCCAGAGCCUCAAAGCCAGACCUCCAGAUGUCUCAUAGUUAUAGACAGGUGUACUCUCCAUCAGUUGUCCAUACUGACAUGAAGAACCUGGUGCACACCAGAAGAGUCCCAGCUGGUGACAUUAAUGUACAUUCAAAGCAGCAGAGAACAAUGCAGCAUGCAGCUAAUGUACGAGUACCACAUUUAUCUCAAGAUGCACGGGUAAGAGUACCUGACACCUCUGAUGGAUACUACAUCACAGUUUUUCCUACUGUGGCACAAAAUCAAAAAAUGCCAAAUCGUAAACACAACACUCUUGGACGGCCUGACUUACAUCCAGGAAACAUAGAACUUGAAGUUCCAAAUGAGAAUGACCAGAAGGGGUCAACGUUUUUUUUCUCUGACCUUGUGUAGGUUCAAUUCACGUUUCCCGUGACAUCAUUUGUUUGUGUUUUUGUAUUUUUUUUUGUCUUUUAUUGAUUUAAUAUGAGUUUGUUUUUUUAUAAACAAUCAUGUCUCUUUUUGAUUUAUUUAAUUUGUUUUGUAUAUAAAGCCCCUCCUCUUGCUUUGUAAUGGUGUAAAUUGAUUACAAAGCUGCAUGUUUGCACUUAACUCAAAUGUUUUUACAUUUUGUGUUUAUUAGUUUUUAUACUGUUUUAAAACAUGUACAUGUGCAUAUUUAGCCUUAGGAUGAAAAAAUCUCUUGAAAUUUGCUGAAACACAAUUGUUUAUAUUUUAUUUUGAGAAACCCACCAUGUUUAUAUUCAUUGUAGAUGUACAGAGCAUUUUCAGCAUACAUGCACUUGUUUAAUACAUAUUUAAAUAAAGUCUUUACAUACAUAUUUUGUUGUAAAUACAUAUUUAAUUAGUCUUUUACUGAGUAUUUGUACCGCACACAUUAUGUAAUAGUUAAACCUGCUCAAGAAUUAUUACUGAUUAUAUUAGAAAACUUGUAGAUUUGAUUUAACAGGAGUUAUUUUAUUGUAUAUCAUCUAUAUAUAUCAUGUAAAAAAAUGAUGCAUGUUUCUAUUUUAUUAUGCAUAUGGUAUUCAGAAAAAUUAUAGAGAUUAUUGAAGUAAGCCAUUUAGCUUCUUUCAGGGAAAUAACACACCUAUGUACAUUGAGUAGCCAUUUUAAGGGUGACUGUAAAAAAAACAUUGUUACAAAAUGGACCAAGAGGCCACAGGAAACAUUUUGCUGCCAUUAUUUACUCAAAGCUUCCAAUAUGUAAAUAACAAUAAUAACAAUAAACGUUGAAUUUGCCA